AAGCCGAACAACAAGACUGUAUACGUGCAUACAACAGGUUUGGAAACUUAACUAAACUGGAAGAGUUGAACUUGUCUACAAACCGGUUAGCAGACGGAGCAUGGAAUAUGAAGAUUAUAAGUACACUACCGACUCUCAGAGCCCUUGAUUUGACUGACGUGUAUUUGCCCAAUUUCUGCAACCAUUUUAAUAAAAGCAAAAAAUUUAAUUUAAUAACGGAUGAAGUGGAUAAAGCUGUGGAACCAUUCAACGUGACGAUUUUGGACCUCGAAGGAACAGGAAUGUCAAGACUUUGCUUCGCAGAUUGGCCCUCACUGCGGGAUCUCUACUUGUAUAGAAACAAUAUUUCAGUUUUAGAGGUCAAUCAAUUACCGAUUAACAAAACUGGAUUGAUGAGAGUAUAUUUGGAUGGCAACCCUGUCCGUCGAGUUGAGUUUGAUGAAAAGAACUAUGAAUUCUUGAAAUCACGUACUAAUUUUACAAGAUUAGAAGUAAUAAUGAACUUCACACUGGAUUGCGACUGCCAUGGCGCGUGGUUUGCGCGCGCAGCUCGUGACUAUGUCAUUACGGCUAUACUAGCAGGCUGCAGUGACGGGACACCACUGACUAUUGUGCCACCAGAGCGGGUUGAAUGUGACAAGUUUUCUUGUGAAGGCUGCAUAUGCCGCCGCUUGUGGAAGGACAACAUGACGCGAGCUAAUUGCACGGCACGAGGGCUUCUUACGUUGCCGCGAGUACCAGCGCUAAAGGAAAUAAACGCUAGCAACAACCUUAUUGAGACCAUAUAUGCCCAUGAUCUGCCACAGACUCUCCAAUCUCUUGAUUUACGAAAUAAUCGUUUAGCACGAUUAGACGAAGCUGUAGUGGUAGCUCUUUUCGAGAUACCAAACCGUGGUGUACAAUUAUCAGGCAAUCCAAUUAUCUGUGACUGCGAGAACAAACCGUUUCUGGAGGCUCUCAGGGAUCAUCGAACUCAGGUCGACGAUUACAAUAACGUCACCUGUGCUGGAGACGGGAAAACUAUGGAUGAAGUGGAUUUCGAUGAAUUGUGUGACGCUAAAAAGAUUUUGCUAACUGUUACGUUAGCUGUAAGCGGAAUGUUAAUAGGUUUGGCAGCUCUUGUUGGUGCUCUGUAUUGUCGAUAUGAGAAAACAAUUAAGAUAUUUCUCUACGCGCGUGGCAUUUGUUUAUUCUGUAUGGCUGAAGACGAACUUGACGCAGAACGCGAGUACGAUGCGUUCGUUUCUUUCGCUCAUGAAGAUGAACAGUUUGUAAUGGAAGAGCUAGUAGUAUAUUUAGAGAAGGAAUAUAAAAUUUGUGUACACUACCGCGAUUGGAUAGUAGGUGAUAUGAUUCCGACACAAAUAACGCGGUCCGUUGAAAACUCUCGCAGAACUAUAAUUGUAUUAUCGAAGAAGUUUGUAAAAUCACUAUGGGGACUACUAGAAUUUAAAACGGCUCAUUUCUGCGCACUGAGUGAAGGCAGGGUGCGGGUCAUCGUGUUAGUUAUAGACGACGUUACGGAAGAUGACACCUUGGACUUGCAACUACGAGGUUACUUACUCACCAACACGUAUCUGAAAUGGGGAGAUCCGUGGUUUUGGGAUAAGCUGAAAUAUGCAAUGCCACGUAAAGGAAUGGUAGAGACAGAAACUGUACCAAGAACUUUAAGUGAUUUAUCGAAUUUUAAUAGGUCCAAUAUGUUGAGAAUGGGAAUAGAGUUGCCUGCCUUACCAUCGCCUACUACUUGUUAA